GUGGAUUUCUUUUUUUCACGAAGAGGAAUAUAGUAAAAAUCAUAACCUAAGUAAGUUUACAGUUCAGCCUACACCUACCACAGAUUAAAAAUGGGGGUUACGGUAACCGUACCACAAAGUAAGCUUGGAGAAAGCGUAUCUAACCUCGAAAAAGAGCCGUCCCCCACAAUAAUAUCUGCUCUGGAGCCGCUUGCCGAUGAUUGUGGCAAUGCCAAUCCAAUUUUCCAUGAGAAAAGACGAAGAGAUAUUGAUUAUCAGAGUCAAAAAGGGGCUUGCACGGAAUCUCUCGGUUCCCGUCGUGGCAUCGUCAACUUCCUAGAGAUUACACAAAGUUUUGUUAAUAAUGACAUGCAGACGGAUGAAAAUCAAGUAUGUUCCUUGAGCAGGGCGCAUAGUGGCAUCGACACUAUCGGAAACUCGAUACCGAAACGAGGGAGUGAAGAAGAUUUGGAUAAGGUCGCAGGAACAAAAUCGAUCAACAGCAUUCUUCUAAAAUCUAUUCACUCGAGCGGAAGUAUGGGUAGCAGAGAAGGAUUUCAGAGGGUUCCAUGGGCAAAUAUGUAUCAUGGUAGUCAAGAUGAUAUUGGGCGUCGGGUGCGAAGUUCCUCUACAGAUUCGUGCGCGAUGGAUAGAGAUGAUAUGUUUAGCCGCGUUCAGAUGCUUGUAUCACGAAUGCGGAUUCACCGCAUCGAAUCUGAAACCAUCAAUUUGUGCGCGAACGCUGGCGGAAGAGACUAGGGAAGCGCGUCAAUGUUCCCGUCGAACAGUAUCGCUGCCAGACAAUGUGAAGCGAUGCCCCCUGUUGUGCUAAUUUGUCAAUACACAUACUAUGGAUGCGAGCAAGUGAAGGGAUGUAGUGUUUUUUUCCCUUUUUUCAACUCAUUUCUUUUUAGAUCUAAUUCGCAUACCUAUCAUUUUUCUCGUUUGUUUAAUGCUGAUGAUAACAUAAGAGGGGGGGGGGGGGGUUCUGUUAUAUGCAACUAUUUGUUCCUAUCCCUUCGAAUAAAUCACUGUCAUUUCUUUGGGAUCGUCAUCGAAUCUGACAUCAUGUGAUCAUUUAAUAUGCAGCUCCAGUGCCCCAUAGUUGGAAAAGGAAUACAAAAGCCUAAUGCGAGUUCAAGACUACCGUUUGGGACUUCAUUCUCACCUCGAUUGGCUUGAUUCACUCUAAGUAGCGACGCGGGGACAUCACCCCUUACUUAGGCAAGGCCCCAAUGAAUUCGCAUCUAGUCGUUCGGAGCAUUAUGCUUACUCUAUAAGAAUCCUCUGAGUUUUAAAAGUAAUACAGAAGAGAAAGUUUUUCUGAAGACUCUUUUGAUAGAGAUAUUUUAGAAUUUGACUUUCCAGCGAGAAAUACUUCAUCGUAUUGCAAAACGCAUGCAUUUUUUAUAAGGCAGCAUAUAAUAGCUUUCUAUUUGCUCUUCGAUAUAGUUUAAUGGAUAAAACGCUAUGCAAUUACAUAUACAUUGUGUUAUAGAAAUUAUUUGCUGUAAAUUAGCUUAUACAUAUCAUCCUAUACAAUCUAAGACUGAUACAAAACAACAAUAACAUUAACUCAUUCAUAUUUUUUGUUGUAAAACUCAGUGGACUCAGUUAUUGCUAUUA